UUGGAAAUUGACAAGCUUCGUUCUCUCUCCGGCAUCUAAAAAUGCCAAAAAUUCGCCACAAUACAAUUCCACCAACUUUAACAUUAAUAAACAAAGUAUAUUUUAUUAAUUUUUAUUCUUGUUCGGGUUUUACAAGUCGUGUCGUUGUACCUACCGUAAUUGCCUCUUUCUGGGGCCAUUAGUUUUCCUUUUCUAAGGAAGAAAACAUAUAAAUUAUAUUUCAUACAUUCAGUACAAGAAGAAGACAUUUCCAAAACUUCUCGUACAGUCCAUAUCAACAAAAUCCAUUGAUAAAAUGGAGGGCAAGUGUAAUAAGGCUCCUACAAGUAAAUAUUUGGACCACGUUUAUUGUCAUACCACUCAGACCAAAUCGGUUUAUAGUAAUAACAUGGCAACUGCAAACAACAGCGGUGGUGGUUCUUCGUCUACCAAUUCGGACGUUUUGGCGCUUUUGAAAGAAAACAAACAACUGAAGGGGAUGUUAAUCUUACAUUUGGACUUGAUACAGGAACAAAGUGAUCAGUUGAUGGCACUGAGAGCUCGAAACAAUGCUUUGGAAAAUACAAUUCAGGAAUUGCAAAAACAGCUGCAACAGCAGAAAAGAGCUGGCGAAAUGUCCACAUUGCCGUUGCCGCCAUUGGCCAAAAUACAGUCGGGAGUAGGUGGUAAUGUUACAGCUAUGACACAGCCGGCCAAUUCCAAGACAACAUCCUCUGGUUCACAAGGCGUAUCGAAUAUAAUUGGAGUCUGCAAUGGAAAAUUAAUUAACAAAAUUGUUCUUUCGUCGGUGCGGGACAAGCAAAGAACACACAGUCCGCAGAGUCAAACAACCGAUACGGAACAUGAAGACGACGAUGAAGAAGAGCGGGAGCCCUAUGAUGAUGUAGAUAUUGAGGAAAUAAUGGAUGACGAAGAAAACGAAGAGGACCGCAGCCUGAAUGGUCAGGAUAACGGGGAGAACGAAGAUGAUCGGGAAGGAGCGGCCAAUGACAAUAAUACAAAGGACGAUAUGUCAAAUAUACAACAGCAGAUAAUAGAUGAAAUGUAUGACACUGGAAACAGCACAGAAGAUAGUAAUGAGGUCUUAGCAGUGCAGAGUAAGCGCCUGAGAUUAAAGCAAGCAGCCAAGCAAUCAUUGGCUCUACCUCGAGGUGCUAAACCAAGUGUUUCACCCGCUUCGACUACCACUAGUGAUGGUCAAACAACAUUUAAGGCUGUAACUUCAAUCAAUACGGGGCACCUUAGUGUAAGUAGAGGAAAACAAAUGACCAUAAUGCGCUGGCAUGCUCCCGACUAUCAUACGGAUGAAUCGGUUAGUUGUGACUCCACGGCGGAAACGGAAAAGAGAUCUGUAUCUGUUACGUCCUGUUCGCCGCCUAAACCUUCUGCAGCUGGUACCAAUGAUAAAAAACGCUAUAACCACGGCCAGGAUAGUCAACAUUCCCACGCAAGGGCAAAAAUCAGAAAAUGUUCGUACAUUUCUACACAACAGCUAUAUAGCACGCGGGAAUGGGAGGACGAACCUUUCCAUUUCGAUUACGACUCGGAGGUAAUUAAACUGUCGGAAACGGAAAAAUUGGAGAUACCAAAGUGGACCGAACAUGAUUUGACCCCCUCCUACUGCAUUGAGGGCACAGAGGACCUGUCCGACGACACCUUCUUCAAGAGACAUGCCAAAUUUGAGGUUGACGAAAAAAGACGAAAGAAGUGGGAUGUUCAGCAGAUACGGGAACAAAGGCGAAUCGAACGGCUGAAGCGUAGACAUUGCAAGGAUGAAAUACAGAAUGUCCAAGAGUCGGCAUUUCUGCAAAGUUUUUAUCCAACUACUGAGAAUUUGCAGACAAUAUGCUACGUGCAGGACCUACCAGUACAAGCAUUCGGCGAAAUGAUUCCAAAGAUUAUGGGGGCAAAUGGAGAUCGCAAAGACUUUCUUUUGCCGUGGUUGGAUAGAACACACAUCACACAAAAUUCCAGCGAUAACAGCAGCAAAAAGCCGACAGUGACCACACUUAGUUGCUCUGCGGACACAAAUACAUCUUCUCAGAUACAAAAUCAAUUGCUAAAUUCCUCAUUUGUUAUGUUGAAAAAACGUAGGCAGAGGCAGCAAAGCACCACCUUUGGCACAUCAUCCCAUCACAGUACAACAAGACAACGCAGUUCGGCGGCAGCCAAGUUGGCGAUAACCACCUCUUCUGUACCUCCCAUUAGCAGUCCCGCAAUUGUAACUACUUGUGGGCCAUCAUCAGCUGCCUCAGACGUUACAAUAACAACACAGUGCACCAGUAAUUCUAAUUCAAAAACCUAGGCUAAUGUGUAAAGUAGAUUUGCAAAACUAAUUUUAAGUUCAAAAAAGAAACGUGUGAAUGAAUUAUUCUAUUUAUUAUAAAUGCAUUUGAUAAUUUUACACUAUAUAUUGUUUGUAUCAUUAAAAUGCUUAAGUUUGAACCGAAGAUUAUUGUGAUAAAAAGUUUCGAAAAUCGCUGGGAAUAAGCUUACCUAAUUGCAUACCAUCUAAAUGUAUAUAAGUAAAAAUCCACUUUAGUUACAUCCUAGUGCACAAUUAUGUAUAUAAAAAACAAUCUUUUGAAAAUGUGCAAAUUCUGAAUAUAGAUAUUUUAUACAUAAAUAAAAUGUAUAAAUAGCAACACCAA